AAAAAAAUUACUCAAACCUUGAGAUUAAAAAACGCGACAACACCGAAGCGCCCAAGAUUGGGUACGAUUCACUUGCAGAUUCAGUUCAUUUUAUUGUCUUAAAUUAUCUAGUUCCUCAGUCAAAGCCUUUGUCCAUGGCUGCUGCUGGAUUUCAAAAGAUUGCCAACAACACAGCUCAAGGUAAACUUUGGAACAAUCAUGUUGCUACUAGUGUCCUUCAUCCCUGA